AGUUCUCCUGACUCCCAGUAGGAGGCGGAGAGCCAAGGGGCGUGCAAGAGCGAGGGGGCUGGGCUCCCGGGUGGCUGGAGGCCGCGGUUGCCGAGCGGAGAGGCUGUCCUCGAUCCUGGCGAUGCGAGGAGGAAGCCAGCGAGGGGGCAGGUUCCUGAGCUUCGCAAUUCCUGUGUCGCCUUUUGGGCUCCCAGCCUACCAGGUCGCAUGAUCCCUCUGGCUGGAGCUGGUUUUUUUGCCAGCCGCCGUGAGGCCGGCUGAGUUACCGGCAACCCGGCCGCCACCUCCUCUCCCGACCUAUGAUACAAAAGAUCUUCCGGGGGCUGCACCUGCCUGCUGUCGCCUGAGACGGAUUUGAAUCUCUUUCUUUCUCUUCAGAACCUUAUCUUGGCUUUGGAUCUUAGAAGAGAAUCACUAAGCUGAGACCAGACUCAGUGAGUGAGCAGGUGUUUUGGACAAUGGACUGGUUGAGCCCAUCUCUAUUAUAAAAAUGUCUCAGAGCAACCGGGAGCUGGUGGUUGACUUUCUCUCCUACAAGCUUUCCCAGAAAGGAUACAGCUGGAGUCAGUUUAGCGAUGUGGAAGAGAACAGGACUGAAGCCCCAGAAGGGACUGAAUCAGAGGUGGAGACCCCCAGUGCCAUCAAUGGCAACCCAUCCUGGCAUCUGGCGGACAGCCCUGCGGUAAAUGGAGCCACUGGUCACAGCAGCAGUUUGGAUGCCCGGGAGGUGAUCCCCAUGGCAGCAGUGAAGCAAGCAUUGAGGGAGGCAGGCGACGAGUUUGAACUGCGGUACCGGCGGGCAUUCAGUGACCUGACGUCCCAGCUCCACAUCACCCCGGGGACAGCAUAUCAGAGCUUUGAACAGGUAGUGAACGAACUCUUCCGGGAUGGGGUAAACUGGGGUCGCAUUGUGGCCUUUUUCUCCUUCGGCGGGGCACUGUGCGUGGAAAGCGUAGACAAGGAGAUGCAGGUAUUGGUGAGUCGGAUCGCAAGUUGGAUGGCCACUUACCUGAAUGACCACCUAGAGCCUUGGAUCCAGGAGAACGGCGGCUGGGACACUUUUGUGGAACUCUACGGGAAUAACGCGGCAGCAGAGAGCCGGAAGGGCCAGGAGCGCUUCAACCGUUGGUUCCUGACGGGCAUGACUGUGGCCGGCGUGGUUCUGCUGGGCUCGCUUUUCAGUCGGAAAUGACCAGACACUGACCACCCACUCACCCUCCCUCCCACCCCACCCCACUCCACUCCACUCCACCCCACCCCACCCCACUGCGUCCCUCCGUCCAGCCACUAUUGCCACCAGGAGAACCACUACAUGCAGCCCAUGCCCACCAUCCAUCCCUGGGUUGGGCCUAGACCUGGUCCUCUGCAGUUAGUUUUCUAGAAUCUACCACGCUUCUGUGAGAGCCACUUUCCCCCAUACCUCAGUUCUCUUGGCCUCAAAAUCCACAAAAUUUCCCUAAAAUCUGUCCCAUGAAGGCUGUCAGGGGGUGGGGGUGGCUGGGGGCAGGAGGGCCCUACCUAAUUGGUAGAACCUUGCUACCCUUAGCCUCGGAGACUGCUUUCCUCUCGUAAGGAGCUAGAAAGUUUUUUGAACCUCUUCCCCAGAAAGAGACUAGAUUGCCUUUGUUUUGAUGUUUGUGGCCUCAGAGUUGAUCAUUUCCCACCCCCCUCUGGACCUGGGCCCCUAUUCCUUCCAUCUCUACCCCCAAGAGCCAUUUAGAGGCCACUUUUGACUAAUUAGCAAUUCAGGUUGCUUGGGAUAAAGAAGCUGAUCAGGACUUCCUCCCACCUCUGGCCUGGCCCCAGUCCCCUCCUGGUCUGAAUGUUCUCCAGAGGCCUCUGCUAGAGGCUAGUCUCACCUAGGAGGGAGGGGGCUCCAGCUGCAGGAAGUACCCCAUGCUAAAGCUGGGUGGCCCUUGCGGUUUAGCACCACCCUAGUCCCCUCCCUGUCUCCCAUGACUAUGACUGAGGGACCAACUGGGCCCAAGACAGGUGCCCCAGAGCUGUUCAUGGCCUCAGCUGCCCCACUUCCUGCGAGAUCAGCCUGUGGCAUCUUUGCCUUGGGCUGCUGCCUAUCGGGUCUGGGGUUCAGGGACCUCAGCCCAGAGGUAAAGGGGAGCUAUAGGGAGCAGCUGUAGGAGCCCUGGGGUCUUCCCUACCUCGGGCAGGAAGGAGAGCCUGGUGCACGGGCCAGGGGGCGGGGCAUGACUGGAGGGGCCUGUCCUGCCUGGCCAGGCAGAUAUCUGCCCCACUCUGUCCAGCCUGGGCAGCAGGGCUGCCAAGGUCCAAGUGGCCUGGCCAGGAGCCUCUCAGGCCUCCCUCUCUCUCCUCUGUUCCACCCUUGGCCUGUUUCAUCCCUGGGGGUCCCAGCACAGCACUGGCCACCCCGGGCUCUCUGCUGUACAUAUUCCAGACUAGUUUUUAUUCCUUGUGAAGAUGAUAUACUAUUUUUGUUAAGCGUGUCUGUAUUUAUGUGUGAGGAGCUGCUGGCUUGCUGUGCGUGUGCACGUGGAGAGCUGGUGCCCGGAGAUUGGCAGCCUGAUGCUCCCUCCCCUGCCCUGGUCCAGGGAAGCUGUCCUAGGGGUCUUGGCUCCUGAGGGGCACCUGUCCCCCCUCCCACCCCCACUUGUUCCAGCUCUUUGAAAUAGUUUGUGUGAAGGUGAAAGUGCAGUUCAGUAAUAAACUGUGUUGACUCAGUGAA